CUCCUCCAGCCGAAGGCAUUUGUUAGUCUUUUUGAGAAGGGGCAUCUAGCGCCCCAGGAGGCCUACUGGGCCCUGCCCAUCAUCAUACACAUGAUCUGCCUCCAGAGAGACAUAGGGGAUCCUGUCAACAUCUCCAACUUAACCGCCUUGAUUAGUAAUGAAAUCCCACCCAUGUGGAUAAUAUUAGUGGAUGUUCAGCACCCCCUAAGGGUGCUUGAGGAGCACCAUGUCUGGUUCAUCCAGCUGGUUACAGAGAUGAAAUGCAGCGGCGCCCUAGAUAAGGAGGCACAUCACGCUGGUGCCCCUGGCAGUGACAGCUAG